GAUCAGGGCCAUCUUUGGUCGUCCUCGCCGGUGACAGUGUGGACAGUUUAUUCCAUUGGUCAUUAAUGCCUAAUGAUUAAUAAAUAAUAUUCCACUUUGAACGAGCCGUUUAGAGCACGCGGGCAGAAAACAGGGAGCCGAGCAGCCCGGUUUUUGUGGACUCACGGGUGAUUCUUUCCUUCAAUACCCUUCAUUUCUCAAGGCAAAAAGAGGGCGAGACGGGAGAGGCGGUGAUACAACAUGGAUGAGGAAUAUGAUGUGAUCGUUUUGGGCACCGGACUCACAGAAUGCAUUCUGUCCGGGAUCAUGUCCGUGAACGGGAAAAAGGUCCUGCACAUGGACAGGAACCCGUACUACGGAGGCGAGAGCUCCUCCAUCACCCCUCUGGAGGAGCUGUACAAGCGCUUCAACCUUCCAGAUAGCCCGCCCGAGUCAAUGGGCAGAGGACGGGACUGGAAUGUUGACCUCAUCCCCAAGUUUCUCAUGGCCAACGGUCAGCUUGUGAAGAUGCUGCUAUACACAGAAGUGACACGGUACCUGGACUUCAAAGUCGUGGAGGGAAGCUUUGUGUACAAAGGAGGAAAGAUCUACAAGGUGCCGUCGACCGAGACCGAGGCACUAGCUUCAAAUCUGAUGGGAAUGUUUGAGAAGCGAAGGUUUCGGAAGUUCUUAGUCUUUGUGGCCAACUUCGACGAGAAUGACCCGAAGACCUUCGAGGGCGUGGACCCCAAAACCACAACGAUGAGGGAUGUUUACAAGAAGUUUGACCUCGGCCAGGAUGUCAUUGACUUCACCGGCCACGCCCUGGCCCUCUACAGGACAGAUGACUAUCUUGAUGUUCCCUGUUUGGAGACGAUCAAUCGUAUCAAGCUGUACAGUGAAUCACUGGCGCGGUAUGGGAAGAGUCCCUACCUCUACCCCCUGUAUGGUCUGGGAGAGCUGCCGCAGGGAUUUGCCAGAUUGAGUGCAAUCUACGGAGGGACCUACAUGCUGAACAAACCAGUGGAUGAGAUAGUGAUGGAGGGCGGCCACGUGAUUGGAGUGAAGUCUGAGGGCGAGGUGGCUCGUUGCAAGCAGCUCAUCUGCGACCCCAGCUACAUCCCCGACCGCGUGCGCAAGGCGGGUCAGGUGAUCCGUGUGAUCUGCGUCCUCAGCCACCCCAUCAAAAACACUAACGACGCAAACUCCUGCCAGAUCAUCAUUCCUCAGAAUCAGGUUAACCGCAACUCAGACAUCUACGUGUGCAUGAUCUCCUAUGCUCACAAUGUGGCAGCCCAGGGGAAGUACAUUGCCAUCGUCAGCACCACAGUGGAAACCAGCGAGCCCGAGGCUGAGAUAGAGCCGGCCCUGGAGCUGCUGGAGCCCAUCGACCAAAAGUUUGUGGCGAUUAGUGACCUUUAUGAGCCCACAGAUGAUGGUACUGAAAGCCAGGUUUUUGCCUCGAGGUCCUACGAUGCCACCACUCACUUUGAGACCACUUGCAACGACAUCAAGGACAUCUACAAACGUAUGACCGGGAGCGACUUUGACUUUGAGAACAUGAAGCGCAAACAGAACGACGUGUUCGGGGAGGAUGAGCAGUGAGCGGUAGAGAGGGCUUCCGAGAGAGAGGGCGGGGCCGGGAGAGGAGGCGGGGCGAACAGGGGCGAGAGAGGCGGCAGAGCCAGCGUUAGAGGGCCGGGGCUGCCUCAGGGCAGUCCUUUAAAAAAACAAACGGGUGGGAGUGUGGCGUAGAGGGUGUGUUUGUGGGCUCUGCCUGCCCUCAGCCGUUUGCCUCCUUUUCCUUACGUCCCUCUCUCUCUUGACAAACACAUAAAUGCUCACGAACACACACACACACGCUGUUCAAAUACUCACACUCCUUAUCUCUGUCACUGUAAAGCAGGGUUGAUAUGGUCUUUCAUUCCAUUGUAGAAUUUACAGUAUAUUCAUGUCUUAACUAUUAUCAUUAGAGGUGAAUUUAUUACUUGUUGUUGGCGAUUUUCAAGCAUUUCAUUCUUUCUGUAAAGUCUCUCUCCUCAUAUCAGAAGUCGGUUUGAUGGAAGGAAGAUUGACGGCAUUGAGAGGUGUGGACGGCGAGCUCUGACAUGAGAGAUCUGUAAUGGCUUAGUGUAGAAUCCUCUGGAAGGGUCACCUCCAGUUGACAUGCAUGCAUCUUUUACACAGUAGUAUUGUACAUAGACUCAAAGACGACACUGCGGUAUGAAGGCUGGACCAUUCCACGCAUCGCUCCUGUCAACCCUGCUUUCACUUUUCUCUUUCUCGGUCUUUUACCUGUGUUACGUCAAAAGACGCCGCUCCUUUUGGCAAAAUCUGUUCGGUCAGGCAAAAAAAAAAAAAAAAAAAAAAAAAAAAUUACAACGUGAUGAAAAAUUACAUAUAAAUGGGCUGUUCUGUCAACUGAUAGUGCUCACUUUGCAAUGCUGUUGUGUUCCCUGUGCUAUACAGGCAAGCUAACCAGUGGCUAUUAACUGUCACCCACCCCCACCCCACCCCCUCCAAAAAAUACUGUUCCUUUGUUUAUCUGUUCUGAUGUCAGUUUUGAAUUUGAAUAGUUUACUUUCUAACAUUUUAAAUUAUUGAAGAGUUUUAUUUCUAUAUAUUUGGUGCACAUUUCACUGGCUGAAGUUAUGAAGUUUACAGAUCUGAGGUUGAAACUGUGGUCUUCAAGUUGGAUGUUUUAAAAAAAAGGGACGGAGCUAACGAGGCACAGAGAGGAUUUUUCUAGCGUUAGGAGACUUUUUAUGAAGUAUUCUGGAAGAUUGGGAAUGAGUGAGGAAAACUGAAAUUGAUCUUGUACUUGCUGAGAGGUGAGGAAAUGUGGCGCAGGGUAAAGAAUGUAUGUGGGGAACGUUUUGGACUUUGGAAAGUUUCACUUUUGAGUGAAGAGGGUGAAGACUGAAAUUUCGGCUCAUAGUGAAAGCACCAGAUUGUGUCUUGGUUGUUUCAACCCUUGUGUAUGUCAUUUAGACGAGUCAUUCCCUUAGGGACUAAAACCUAUGAAAAAUUGUUAAAUAGAGGAAAGAGCUGGAAACUCCCGUAACUUUAAGACUUUGUAGCAAAAAGGUGUGAAGCCACAGUUACAGGCGCCGCCCCACCAGAACGAACCGAGAUGCUUUUAUUUGGUUGUAGCCUUAAUUCUGGGUCAGAUGUCUGGGCCCUUUUCAAAAGCUUCGUUUCAUCUAACCGUCAGCGGCAGGUCAGUCUAGUGCCAAAAAUGGUGUCGCUAUUAUUGGCAAAAGUAACUGACAAUGUUGAAAGUGCAGUUUUUUUGUGGUGUACGUUGCUCUGCAGAUCUGAGUGAAUACUACAGAAGGGAUAUUGUUUUCUAUCAGGGCUGUCAGUGUACACCUGAGUGGAGACAGCUCCUCGUUUCUCUGCGGCGCACUCACACUCACUCACAGCCUGAUCGAUCUGCGGCUCGUUACACAUCGACAACAAACAGAUGAGACGCUCCGAUCGCUUUCUACAAAACACCCGAGGCAUCUCGCUUUAUCCACCACGACAAAUCCCUUAGCAACUCUAAACAAAGUCAUGGCGUGUUUGGGGUGUUGACGUGUCUUAUUGUUAUGCUCUAUUUAUUUGAAUUUCACUGACGUAUCGUGGAAAGUUUUAUGUCAAAUGCUGAUUAUUGCUAUGCUCUUAGAUUAUGUUCUGAUGAUUUAAGAAGAAGAAAAAAGGAUUUUAAAAGUGAUGCACAUCGAAAUUCUUUUUUUUUUUUUGUUUGUUAUUUGCUGUGUCACCUUAUUCAGUGAUCAUUCCAGUGUUGCAUCAUACUUUAAUAUGAUUAUUAGCAUUCCUAAGAAACAGGUUUUGAUGGAAGGAAAACAGCAACAAGUCAGUGGCGGAGCUGAAACUCUCUACAGCUGUGUGUUCACAACGGUUUUCACACUGUGCGUCAUUCAACAUUGUGUGUGCUCUUCAUCCUGGAAUUAUCUGAUAAAACUGGAAUACUGUUUACUCUUUGAACAUAGAUAUAUCUGAAGCCC